AUGCGCGAGCGUCUCUGGCGCUUGAUCGAUGUCAAUGGAAUCGACAGUCUCGUAACUUCAAGCGCUGCGUACGAUUGCACAAAGCAGUGCGCCUUUAUCUGGACCAAGCCCACACGUCGAUCGACCUGUGACGGCCCUAGCCAGGGUCAAGGGUCCACGGAAACCGAGAUCAUGUGGUGCAUGCUCACCCGCCGCGUCCCGGUGCAGCACUCGCCCUCGCUCUCGAGCAAGGUCCUCACGCGCCGCAGUCCGUGGUGGGUCUCGUACCCACAAAAGAUCCUCUGCAACACCAAGUAUCGCCUCCACCACAGCUUCCAGUCGCUCGCCCCCGACGUUCUCCUUGCCCUUGGGUACUUUUACCCGCGUCCGAAAGCUCGUCGUCUGCGCUUGGCAUGA